UGAUCGUGAUACGAAAUGUAUAUAAAACUACGUAACGCGAGAAUACGAGGGUCAGUUUUAACGCGAGUCAAAUGCGGGCUAUUUAUGAUAUGAUACUGGCAAAUUGGCGGGAUAAUUUCGUAAUUUUUCAUUAAAUGCUUAGCACUAAUCGUAGAAUCUAUCAAGAAUAUUUUUAACGGAACAUGAAACAUGCUUGCGCUUAUAAAGCAUCUUAAGCGACCUGUAGAAACUGAUUGCUGAUUAUGAAGGUUUUAUGUGAAAAUGUGAGCAAAAUGUUAUCCAGUCGGAUUCCGAAUUUGGAUUUGGGGGUGUUAGCUUCCUGUACAUUGGCAGUUGUUUUGUAUUUAAAUACCUUGGAUUCCGAGUUUGUUUAUGAUGACCGGCGAGCAAUUCUUACCAACCCAGACCUGUUACCUAAAACUCCAUGGAUACAGCUACUACAGAAUGACUUUUGGGGUACGUCGCUCACCGACAGUGGCUCGCACGGUUCCUACAGACCUCUAACUGUACUUACUUUUCGGCUAAAUUACUUAGUCGCGAAGUUUAACAGUUGGGGAUACCAUUUUGUGAACGUGGGGCUGCACUGUUCGGCAACUUAUUUGCUGAUUAAAGUAGCACGAUUGAUUUUUCCCCGAAAUAGGAGAAACGUAGGAUCUGUACUGUCUGGGAUUUUGUUUGCUACGCAUCCGAUACAUACGGAGGCUGUGGCAAGUAUUGUUGGUAGAGCCGACCUUUUAGCUUGCAACCUCUUUUUCCUUUCUCUUCUGGCGUACGCGUCACACGUAACAUACAGAGACUCAGACUGUUGCACAAAAUCAUGUCAACCAACAUCGUCAACAUCACGGUGCCACAAGAAGUACGAGACGAUCGCCACAACGUUACAAAAAACCGUAACCAGCUGUAACUGGCCUAAACGUAAAGGCUACGAAAAAGUUACGUCCCGAACGUGUGAACUUGAGUACUCUAGAACGAAUACAAAAUCAAAAUGGUGCUGUUUAGUGUCACGUUUGAAAAUGUGGUACUUUAUGGGAGUGUCUUUGGUUUUAGCGGUGUGCGCCAUGUUGAGUAAGGAGACGGGAGUCACAGUGCUUGGAGUUAGUUUUGUUUAUGACUACGUCUAUUCAGAAAAUAAAAGAAAGAAACAAAAAAAGAGCUUCAUGAUCCUAUCGACAGCUUUGCUACUGAUUCUAGCUGUACGUCUGCAAACAAGAACUCCGGAUUUCUCGGCAGCAGAUAAUCCAACAUCAAAGGAGCUAAGCUGGACAACGAGAUUUAUGACAUUCACUUACUUACCCUUACUUAAUUUCCUUAUGCUUAUUUAUCCUUGCGACUUAAGCUUCGACUGGGGAAUGGAUGCAAUACUAAGGGUGCAAAACAUAAGAGAUCCGAGAGUAUUUUAUACCCUUUGCUUUUAUGGAGUACUCGUUUUAUUGUUGGGAUUUAGCGUGAAUACGGUGGUGGAUAAAAAGGAAAGGCUGAGAGAGGGAAAGAGCUUUACUCAAAGAAAUGGAUGCUCGAUUUGUCAUAGGAAAUCCACCGAAAGUCACUCUCAUCAUUGCCGAACAGCGAACAACAAUAAUGUAGUGUUACACUCGCACCCUCACCUCUGCCUCUGUCCAUCAACUAGGAUAAAGUUGAAAAAAUUAACCUCUAUAGAGGCCUUACUGCUUUCCCUUUCUCUUAUAAUAAUCCCUUUCUUACCAGCAACAAAUUUGUUUUUCUAUGUGGGAUUUGUCAUGGCCGAACGCGUGUUGUACCUUCCGAGUGCGGGAUUUUGUCUAAUAAUCGGUAUUGCGGGCGCGGAAAUGUGGAAAAGCGAGAAAACACGCGCGUUUUUUUGUGCGGGAUUUUGUCUGGUGACUAUUGGAUUUUGUGCUAAGACAGUGUUGAGAAAUAGAGAUUGGAAUAGUGAGGAGAGUUUAUACAGGAGCGCUAUACCGUUUAAUCCACCCAAGGCAUACGGAAAUCUUGGCAGCAUUCUCAAUUCGCAUGGACGAGUCGCUGAGGCCAAAGCAGCUUUUCGUAAAGCUCUCAAAUAUCGACCCAAUAUGGCCGAUGUACAUUACAACUUGGCCGUGCUGCUACAAAGCGAACAAAAGCUCGACGAAGCUAUCCAGAGCUACCAGAAAGCAAUACAUUUCCGCCCGUCACUGGCACUGGCCUACGUUAAUCUUGGGACAGCUUUUAUUGCCGCAGGAAAAUGUGAUGAAGCUAUAUCUAUACUAACUCAAGCCUCAAAACUGGAUGGUACUGGAUUAAAAGAUAGAAGGGAGCAUGAAAAUGCUAAAUUAUCAGCUCUGUUGCAACUAGGGACUCUCUUUAGCGAGCAAGGAAGGUUGCAUAGUGCUCUUGCUAUUUAUAGGGAGGCUGUAGAGCGGUUACCUGACUUCUAUCCACCACAGAAACUUUAUAAUAUACUAGGAGAAACUUUAGCAAAAAUGCACCAGGACGAAGAAGCAGAAAAGUGGUAUCGAGCUGCACUGCAAGCAGAGCCAGAUCAUGUACCAGCACAUAUAACGUAUGGAAAACUUCUUGCAAAAAAUGUAAGCAGAGCAGCAGAAGCAGAACAGUGGUUUAGAAGAGCUCAGCGGCUUGCUCCAAAUGAUGCAAGUGUAUACCAUCAUUAUGGUGCUUUUCUAGUAACUAAUCGACGAUUUAAGGAAGCAGCGGAUGUAUACGAAAGGGCGGCCGAGUUAUCCCCUGAUGAUUUUGAGUUGGCAGUAGCAGCUGCUACCGCCAUGAGAAAAGCUGAAAGGCCAGAAGAUGCCGAGAGAUGGUAUAGGAAAUGUGUCAAAAUGAAACCUAUGGAUCCAAGGGGCCACACCAAUCUCGGCGCAAUGCUCCAUCUAAACGGCAAAUACAAAGAAGCGGAGCACAGCUACAGAAUAGCGCUUAGUUUGCAGCCCGACGACGAAACGACGCUGACUAACCUCCAUAGGCUUUACGACAUAAUGACCUGACCCUAGGAGAUAGAGAAAUACAGUGGUUACGUUAUAGAUAAGGCCACUGGAAAACGGCUCUCAGCCAAAUAUAUUGUGUAUAGGAAAAACGAUGUAAAUAGAGUAAAAGGAUCGAGCGAUUUUAAUGGAACAAAGGAAAAGUUACCCACAUUCGUUUGAACAGAGGUUUUAGAUAAGGCCGUCAGACUUUAUAUAUUUUUCUUUUCAUAAUUAAACGUAUGUGCUAAUAAAGCUUUUUAAGACAGAAAUAUCAAAUCAUUUUUAUUAUUUUAGUCAAUAAAAGAAAAAUUAAUAGUUUUUAGUAUUAACUCGAUAAAGAAUAAGACACAGAAGCAAACCAUUUUCAUAAUAUAUUUUAUAUAAUACCGUGGUUGCUUAUUGUAAGACUGUUGUUUGAAUUAUAAUACUAUAAAUAUAAGAAUUUUGCCAAUUAUUGUAUGUAAAUAUAUAUUGUAUAAUGUAUAAGAUUUAUUAAAAAAAUAUAGUAAACGUACAUACUGUUCAAUACAUAAUAUAGUAAUUGGAUAAUUUUACUGUGUACGUUUGUACAAAUUAGGUAUACCAAAGAAAAAAAUCAUUUUUUUUUAAAA